AUGUUAGCCAGUACGCAAUUUUCACCUUCUACGUGCUACUUGGAGAAAGGGGAGUUGAUCAAACAAGGUGCAGAAGCUAAAGUAUAUGCCCUUGCAUCACUUUUCCCCAACCCCACAAUAUACGACCCAUCAUUAUCAUCAUCAUCAUCAUCUUCUUCAUCCUCCUCAAUCUCUCAUUCCAUUUCUACACGUACUUCGUCCACCAGCCCGAACGAUGCCCCAGGGGUAAUACUGAAAUACCGAUUCCCAAAAACGUAUCGACAUCCAACACUUGACUCGGCAUUGACUUCUUCAAGGCUCAUAUUCGAAGCUAGGGCUUUAUCUCGAGCUUCAAGGGCAGGAGUAGUGGUUCCCAAGGUAUUAUGGGUAGACGAGAAAGGUGGUGUUAUUGGAUUAGAGAGGAUCGAAGGUUGGAGUGUCAGAGAAGUGUUGGGUGGAGGUGCAGAGGGUGAAAUGGAAUUUCAAGAUGAUGAAGAAAUCGAAAUUGAAUUCGAUGAUACUGAUGCUGAUGCUGAUGCUGAAUCAGGACAGGAGGGAGCGGAUGAAAGGGAUGUACAAGGUGAAGGUGAAUAUGAAGAAAUCAACGAAGGUUGGCAGAAAUUAAGUGCAUUGGGUGUUACUAGAGAACACUUGAUGAACUCAAUAGGUACUGCAUUAGCAAGAUUACACUUGACAACUAUAAUCCAUGGUGAUCUAACCACGUCAAAUAUGAUGAUUAGAUUGACACCCAAUAGUAUACAACCUUAUGAGAUUGUGAUGAUAGAUUUCGGUCUUUCUUCAACUGCUCAAUUCCCUGAAAAUUACGCUGUAGAUUUAUACGUAUUAGAAAGAGCUUUCGCUUCUACUCAUCCCAAAUCAGAAAAGCUUUAUGCUGGUGUACUGGAAGCUUAUGCUAAAGGAUUAGGAGAAAAGAAAUGGAGACCCAUAGAACUCAAGCUGAAAUCAGUGCGAAGAAGAGGAAGAAAGAGAGAUAUGAGUGGCUAA